AUGCCCUCGACCCCCAACGGCCUGGGCCGUUUCGAAAACCCCCUGCGUUACAUCGCCGGGAAGAAACGACCGGACAAGGCCGACAAGCCGGGCGGCGGCGCACAGGAGAAGAAUAAGGAAGGCGAGAAGUUGAAGCCGAAGCCGAAGCAAGGCGGGAAGGGCGAAGGUGGCCGGAAGGUGAUCGUCCGUAGCAGCCGUGGGUACGAUGUGAAGAGACUUCCGCAGAAAGACGGUGGAUGUGGUGGAGGGAGGGAGGGGGGAGGGGGUGCCGGUAAGGGUGCGAAGGAUAGACCUCGGGGUUCCGGUCGCGUUGGAAGCGGUGGGCGUGGUGAGGGUGGAGGGGCGGGGAGUGUGCGGAGGGGUGGUGGUGAUGGAGGUGGGGGUGAUGGUGGAGGAGAUGGGCGUGGAGGGGAUGCUGGUGGGGAGGGUGCUGGUGGAGGGGAUGCUGGUGGAGGGGAUGCUGGUGGAGAGGAUGCUGGUGGGGAGGAUGCUGGUGGAGGGGAUACUCGUGCAGAGGAUGCUGGUGCAGAGGUUGCUGGUGGAGAAGAUGCUGGUGCACAGGAUACUCGUGCAGAGGUUGCUGGUGCAGAGGUUGCUGGUGCAGAGGUUGCUGGUGCAGAGGUUGCUGGUGGAGAAGAUGCUGGUGCACAGGAGGCUGGUGGAGGGGAUGCUGGUGGAGAAGAGGCUGAUGGACAAGAUGCUGGUGGAGAAGAUGCUGGUGCACAGGAUAAUCGUGGGGAGGAUGCUGGUGCACAGGAUGAUGGUGGGGAAGAUGCUGGUGGGGGAGAUGCUGGUGAACCGGAUGCUGGUGGACAGGAUAAUCAUGGGGAGGAUGUCGAUGGACAGGAUGCUGGUGGGGAGGAUACUCAUGCAGAGGAUACUGGCGGAGAGGACACUGAUGGGGAGAAUACUCUUGUGGGGGAUGAUGGCGGAGAGGAUGCUCGUGGAGAAAUCAGUAGUCUAGCGAUGAGCACGCACGUUCCUCUGCCAAUAGCAGCCCCUUCGCCACCGCAGCCCGCGUCAGGAGAGGACAUGAACAAGCAGAGACGGGAUCGGGUGGUAGUAAUACCUGGCCGCAGAGCGGACACGGACAGUGAAGAAGGCAACGCAAAGGAAGAAAGCAGAGAGGGAGAAGACGAAGAAGGUGAAGCAAAUGAACAUCAUCAGGAGGAUUGCGAAGACGAAAAAGGUGAAGCAAAUGAGAUAGAUGAAGAAGACGAAGAAUGCGACGUGACUUACAACGCAACGUGUGUGGUGGUUGUGAAAAGCUUCGAUUACCGCUCAGCAUGCGUCAAGAAAGCCUCAAAGACCCACCUACGACACCGGUUCGAAACGCUCUAUGAGCCAGAGUCUCAUAUCUCUGCCAAGUCGGAGGUGAUGAACGUGGCAGCAGAAGCUAUGGUCACGAUGAUUGAAGAACAGACCGCUCAGAACGAGUAUCAGCCAUCAUACCAUACAAUGUUCGUUGACGACUUGCUCGGGUGGUGCGGAUAG